AUGGUUUCUCCACGCGAACGAGUCAGUUACUCCUGGUGUCUCGCGAGCGGAGCGCUGCUGCUGGCGGCAGCAGUGGCGCUGCUCCUCUUGCCGUGCGCCGAUGCCGCGCGGAAGGAUACCUGGUCUCCGCGGACCUUCACCGACGAUCCUUUCCCCGUGCCGCCGCCCGACUGGCAAAACCUCCCCUUCCUGCGCCGCCAAGAGAGCGCGCGCCGCAGGCUUCUGAGCGGUGGUGGCGUGUCACGUCCUCAUUGGAUGCCUGCUAGCGAGUACACCCUUCCCUGGAUGCUGGGGGAUCGGAAACCGCUCAUUCCCACAGAACCCUCGGAGGGGGAAGCUGACGUGGCAGAGGCGGCGGCCACGUCAUCCGGAAAUGACGGGUGGCUUGGGGCUAGUGGGGCAGGUGUUGCUUCUACCGCUGCUGCUAGCGGUGGGGCAGGCGUGGGAGCGGUGGGGGGGACGAGAUACGCACUGGCGCAGCGCAAGGGCGUGUGCUCCCCAGUUGACGCCGCGACUCCGCGCAUCGUGGUUACCACCGAGGCCGACUUCGUGAAACGCCUCAAGUAUCCGCGAAAGACGACGGUCCUGAUGACGCUGAAAGCGGAUAUAAUGCUAAAGAAAGGCCUCGUUUUUGGCCCCUACUACUCGUGCACGAUCCUGCAAGCGGAUGUCACGGGGAACCGUACGAUCUCGUUAGCUGGAGCUGAUCAGCCCAUCCUCCGAACGGUCGAGACGUUCAACGUGGUCGUAUGGGGAAUCAACUUCUGGAUGGGCGUUCUUCCUACUUCCCCUGCUUGCAAGGGGAUACCGGAGCUCGGAGCGGGGGUGGUUUGCCCUACAAUUCACGUGUACAAAUCGUUCGGCAUCCAAAUCGCACAGGGUUACCUGUGGGGGCGAAUGGACCUGUAUCGCACGAUGAAUUCGCUAGUCGACGGGAUGGCGAUCACGGGCGAGUUCCCAUUCGCCAAAAGCCCCGGGUCCAUCCGCAUCGCAUUCAGCGGGAUCGGCACCCGGGCGAUCAAGUCGGGCAUCGUGCUCUCGAAUAACGACAUUUACGUCGUCAACACGCCCGUCUACUUGACCAGCGGCGCCGUCGGCGUGCAGAUUGUGAACAACUUUCUGCACCAGUACACGGGCAGCGGUGUGCAGUGCGGGACGCACGUGAACAACGCGGGCAGCUGCAUGAUGACGUUCAUCGGCCGCAACUGGUUCUUCCCCAACGUCACCAUCACCGCCAAGACCGACAUUGCGAAUAUCCGCUUCACCACGCACUGGAUCAGCCCUGGCAAUGCGGCGUCGUGCAACUACAUGCUGGGCGGCAACAGCUGCUUCAGCCUAGAGGCCGACACCACCGGCGUUGUCGUCCUGGGGGGCGCGUGCAUGGGUGCUUUUAACGGGGUCAACAUUGAGAACGGCAAAGAGAACCGGAUACAGUAUGUGUGGGUGAAGGACUACACUGCCGUCCCGGGGUCAGCCACGUGUCCCACAGUGACAAGCAUCAACUGCAACACGCCCACGGGCAAGCUGUGGGAGAGCAAGCGGAUCAAAUACUACAACUCGCCUGCCAUCAACAAGGACGCAUGGCAGCAAUCCUCGCCUCUAUCGCUCAUAGAGGUUUUAUUCCCAACGUCGCCUGCGCUCUCCUCCCCCUACCGCCUCCUCAAGUCCACCCCGGCCCCCACGAAGCCCUCCACCCGCGCAAGCUCCGCCACCCGCGCAAGCUCCCCUGCCCGCGCAAGCUCCGCGCCAGCCUCCGACAAGAAGGGUAGUGGGAAGAAACUGCAGCAGUCGGGAAAAUCGGCGUCAGAGGGCGCCACGUCAGCAGGAGCCGGAACAGCCCUCUCGACGUCCGCUUCUGGGAAGGGGAAGCGGGGGAAAAAGGGAAAAGCGGGGGGUGCCGCGAAAGCAAGUGAGACGAGCAGUUCGCUGCAGAGCGGAACGAAAAAGGCGGGGAAGAAAGGAAAGAAAACGGCUGUUUCAUCUGGCAAAACGGGCAAAAAGGGGUCGGCUGGUGAGAGGAAGAAGGGUGGGCAUAAGUGGCCUCGCGAGGGCACAACUGGGUCUACUGGUGAGAGGAAGAAGGGUGGACAUAAGUGGGCUCGCAAGGGCACGAAACAGUCUACUGUGAAGAAGUCGACGGCACAGACGGCGAACGGACCAGUAGCGAAGAAGGCCGCGACGACUUCGCCAGCGUCGGGCAACUCGCGCGGGCGCGCCAAGUCUGGAAAGGGGAAGAAGAAGAGAAGCACUGCCGCGGCCUCACCAGCUGGCUCCGCUUCAGCCGGUGCAAAGUCCGGAGGGGGCAAAGGGAAGGCAACGUCGGGCAAGUCCAACUCGCGUGGGGGAUCCUCACCUCCCGCUGCAGCUCCCGCGCGCUCGCACAAGAAGGGCAAGACGACGAAACGCAGCCAGGAGGUCGGCUAUGGCAUUGAAGGAAAAGGGUCAUCGAAUUCCGGCAAGUCAACGAAGCCGCCUGCGUCUUCCUCGAAAGGAAGCGCGCCGAGCUCAGCGAAGGCGCCCAAAGGCUCUGACUCGGAUGCCUCCAAGGCAAGCAAAGCGCCGAAGCCGUCCAGCAGCCCAACUAGCAGCCCCAAGCCCACCAAGGAUAAGAACCCGGAUUUGGCAAAGGCUGAUUCAGGCUCGGACAAAUCAGGCUCGGAUGCAAAACCUCCUCCUCCCUCUUCUCCCGCCAAGCCAAGCAAGGGGAAGAAGGACAAGCCACCCCCGCCAGCAGACACGAGUGAGAGCGAACCUGCCAGCUCGCCUCCUGCUACUCCUGUCCCGAAGAUGAUAUGCGAGAAACACAAGGGGCAGCAGCUGAUGGUGAUGGACGGCAAUCUCUUCUUCACAGGGAGUGUGGAGAAGUGCGAGAGUGCUUGUAUCAAGGAUGCUUCCUGCCUCCUGUACACCUUCUCGGGACUCAGCUGUCAACUUUUCACGGCUAAUAUGACUGCCAGGCCUGUCAAGGCAUGCUUUUCGCGUAAGUGUCAGUGGGGGAAGUGCAGAGACACAGAGGGAGAUGGUAGCGAGGAGGACAGUGGCGGGGAUAGCAGUUCUGAUGGGGAUACUGGUGGUGCGGAUGAGAGUGGGGGAGGUGAUUAUGGGGGUGAAUCCACUGGAGGUGACUCCACUGAGGAUGGCAGCACCAGUGACUCAGGCGAGGAUUCCAGCUCAGAUGGAGGGACCAUUGACUACGGGAGAUGA